AUGGGCUUUUGCAGAACUGAUGUUGAAGAAGAUGACUUAUUUCCAGUUCUCAACUUGAGAGACAGGUGCCUAUUUAUCAUAGGUUUAUAAAACAAUCACCUUUUAAGUGAGAAACACAGAUUUUGAGGCCACGUGAUGCAUAAUUUUACAAAGUCUGCAAAGUCAGCAAUUCCAAUCCUACACUGUGGCUGAUUUUGACUUUACAGAACAAAAGUUUGAGUCAUUUCUUGCACAUUUAUACUCUUAAAUUUCUGCACUGAUCCCAGCUGAUAUCAUGAUAAUAUUGUUAUAUGCUUGAAUGUCUUUGAUCUGUCAAGAAACGGUGAGAUAAAAUUGAUAUGUAUUUUUGAGUGACACCACCUUGAAAUUCCAACCUUAGCAACUUACAAACACUGAGAUGUUGAGAAGGCAAAUUGAACUUCAGUUUCCUAGUUAUUUCUUGCAAUCCAGAAAAAUAAAAAUGAGGUGGGGGGUGGGAGGCCCCUUCAAGAAGGGGUGCUGCUGCAUCUUUUUAUGUAGUCGACUCCCUUCAAUGGAAAAAGAAGAAAGUUCGAGGUAUCAAAUUACCAGGAGCUAGAAGCACUUAAGCGGAUAUAAGGAUAAAACUACAGUAGUUUUAACUGUACAGUAAACAUUGAAAUCACAUUUUAAAUUUUUUUGUGGGUGAAAAUUGAGAGAUACUUCUAGAGCGUAAAUGAAAACAUUACAUAACAAAACAGCCUAAAUAGUGCACAUGUUUUACUGUUUUGAGAAGUAAGGCUGUUUCACAUUAAAUUUGUGACAAAAAAAUGCCAGCAUUUACAUGUAAGCUAUAUGCCUACAACACGUCAAAGGGAAAUUCAAAAUUCAAUGUUUCUGGACACAAGUACACUGUUUGUCUUUUUUCCUGUUGUUAUAUAAGUGCUAAAAACAUGCUCAUCAAGUUAUCGAGGGUAAAAUUACGGAAAAUGUAUGAAGAAAAUCCAGUGGAAAUUGAUUUUGGUUCUAGUUAGUGAGGAUUCAAGUUAUUGGGAGUCAACUGUACGUAAUUUAAUUUUGCAAUAUGCAUGGAAUAUUCUUAAGCCUCAACAAACUUAAUUGUUUACAUUCUAAUAUAUGAUUAUAAAUUACAAUAUCAAAUAACUGUAUUUCAUUUCAAAAUCGUUAACAAUACAAUGCCAACAACAUUUUUUUGAACUCAUUUUAGAAUGUUAAUUCUGGUGUACCACAGGCGAGAACGUCUGGAGCUGACAAUGCCCCAUACAACAAAUGUGAUUGAUUUGAAGCUGAAAAUCCAGAGUUUAACUCAGAUUUUACCACGAAACCAAAAACUAUUCUUUAGAGGCACACAGGUUAGUAUUAAGGGGGCAUUUUGAGGCAACAAUUUUAAAACAAUAACAUUAGGAUGUCAUCAUAUAUCACAUACAGUUAUGAUUCAGUUGAAUAGAGGAUCAAAAGUCAACUAGCUUAGAUUGUACCUGAACCCUCAGAUUAAAGGAAACUAUUGUGUUCGGGCUGGAAUGCUUUUUCAAUAUGUAUAUUUGAUGGCUAUAGAAAGGCUCCCAGCCAUUUUUUAUUACAUUAGCCAAAGCAUUAUUAUUGUACUUAAGGUUUUUGAAGGUAGAUGACAUGUUUGUUUGUUUGUUUUUCUUUUUACCAGCUACUUGAUAAACAGAUUCUGAAAGAGUUUAAGCAAGAUGUAGUGUCACUCUCUCUUGUAGCUGGUCCAAGGAGGAGGUCUGAUUCUUUUAUAAAUUGAUUAUUGAUACAUUUUUAACGAUAAUAUAAGAUCCCAAUGUGCUUAUUUUAAGUUAACGUUGGCUACACUGUAAGCAGUGCGAACUAGUAUCUCCAUUUCUAUUAUUUCAGUUUACAGAUAAAAAGUGUUCAAAUAAACUCUAGGCACUGUCGAGGGGUCACUGGUGUCAUUUGAAAUUUAUCCAUGUUAAGUUCCUUCAUUUCUAUUUUCUCGGAAGCACUCUACCAAACCAGUGUAAAUCAAGUGCUAAUAAUUUUUCUCAGAUCUUACACUUUACACCUAUUAAUUUUAUCCCUGUGACAUUGAAUCAGAAGUAUAUGUUUCUGAUGGAAUUUAAAUCAAAACUUGAAUGUUGUCAUUUGUCUUGAACCUCAAAUUCAAGUAAAAAUUGAAAACAUAGGCUUCAAAAUAAAAACCUUUGUUGUCUUAAAUUGACCAAAGAUCAAUUAAACUUCAUUGAUAUUCCUUAAAUAACUUUAUUUCAUACCUUGUUUAAUAAUAGAUCCAUUGUUGAUUAAUAAAUUUAUAUUUAACAAAUAAUACACUGUUACAAAUCAACAGGA